UUCUCAUCCCAGCAUGGCUCCACAAUACACACAUUCUCAGGGUGUGUCUUAUCCACCCCUGAGUAAAAUCACCUCACCACAUCUGGUGAGAAAUCCACCUGCACCUGCACCCAUCCCAAGUCCAAUGUCUCAUUCUACAUUGAUUGACAUCCAGCCUCCACUUCCCGGGAUUAUUCCUAUCUCCACCCAGAGCUUCACCUACACAAGACCAAAGGAGUUUGUCGCAGCCCAGACACUCUCUCCUAUCAGGAGUCCUUCCCCAACUGAGUCUCCUGUGCCAAUGCUUCAUGAAUUAGCUGCACAAAUAUUCCCGAAGUCAACACGGGAGCUCACGUCGCCCAUCAACCAGUUAUCUCCAUCCCCAAGAAAGUUCCCAACGAGAGUUCUGGAGUGUCCAAGCAGCCCACCAUAUGUGUCCUCACCUCCUCUACUGCCUCAUGGGCUGGGGAAUUCACUGUUUUCUUUUAGAACUCAGUCACCCCCACAAGCUUCUUCUCCAACUUCUAGCAGCUCCUCCCACAGCCCCAUCCAAAAUCCAGUGGCCUUUCUUACUUCAGUCCUUCCUUCUCUUCCUACAUCUCCUCUGACCAAUGCCAUGGGCCUACCUAAGAGUGCCCCACCUGGGCCUCAAGGUGCACUAAAGAAGAAUCAAAGAGGUUCCAGACUCAUGUCUGAUGAUGACAUCCGCGAGAGCAAGGAAACACUGUUACAAGAUAUUGAGAAGAUAUUGCGAUUUAAAGAUGAACAGCUCCAUUUUGGACAGCAGAAGCAGAGUUAUGGGGGGGAAGUGAGCCGACUGCUCGGACCAAACAUUCCCACCGCAACUGUCUUUAACUAUAACAAGGAAUACAAGGUGUCGAGCUUUGAGCAGAGGCUAUUGAGCGAGAUCGAGUUUCGUUUGGAAAGGACUCCAGUUGAAGAGUCGGACGAUGAAGUUCACCAUGAUGAAAUUCCCACGGGAAAAUGCAUCGCACCCAUCUUCGACAAGAAACUGAAGCACUUCAGAGCUGUGGAAGGGAUUCCAGUCACAUUUACCUGUAAAGUUGUGGGAAUUCCAGUUCCUAAAGUUUACUGGUUUAAAGAUGGAAAGCAGAUUUUGAAGAAAAAUGAGCACUAUAAGAAGAUCAGAGAAGGUGAUGGGACGUGCUCAUUACACAUAGAAGCCGUCACAAGUGACGAUGAUGGCAAUUAUACAGUCAUGGCAGCAAAUCCACAGGGCAGAAUAAGUUGCUCUGGGCAUUUGAUUGUCCAAACAGGUCCCGUGCGAAACCGUCCCGUGGUUCACUCGCAGAGAGUCCGAGCGCGUGUACAGGAAGUGGAGGGCGAGCCGACUGAAGAGCGCUUCUUUCGUCCGCACUUCCUGCAGGCUCCAGGAGACAUGUCGGCUCACGAGGGACAGCUCUGUAGGUUAGACUGCAAGGUGAGUGGUUUACCUCAUCCUGAGAUCAUGUGGCUCCUCAACGGGAAGCCCAUGUAUCCAGACCUCAGUCACCGAAUGCUCGUGAGAGAAAACGGGAUUCAUUCCCUGGUUAUUGACCCUCUGACUCAAGCCGAUGACGGGACGUACACCUGCAUCGCCUCAAAUAAAGCAGGACAGAGUUCAUUCUGUCUCGAGCUCAGAGUAGUGGGAAAAGAGCUGAAGCAGGCGCCACAUUUUGUGGAAAAGCUGCAGAACACGGGCAUCGCCGAGGGCUCCCCGGUGCGUCUGGAGUGCAGAGUUGUGGGGAUGCCUCAGCCGGUCAUCUACUGGAAGAAAGACAAUGACACAAUCCCUCACUCAAAGGCCAGAGUCAGCAUGCAUCAGGACACGACAGGUUAUGUUUGUCUACUGAUUCAACCGACUAGAAAGGAAGAUGCUGGCUGGUACACUGUCUCUGCAAAAAAUGAAGCAGGAAUCAUAUCAUGCACAGCAAGACUAGACAUAUAUGCUCAGUGGUAUCAGCACAUUAAUGCACCGAUGAAGAAGACGCAGCUCAGCGGGAGUCGAUACGCUGCUCUCACCGGACAGGGUCUGGAUAUAAAGUCAGCGUUUUCUAUGAGCGACAACAGCCCCGUCAUAUUCUCUGCCUCCCAACCAGAGCGAAGGCUAGAAAGUGAGGAGCUGUAGAUGCUCGCAGGUUAAAGAUGGUGCACCGAUGAUUUAAAGACACCACAUUGUGUUGAGCAUUUGGAGUAACAAUCUAAAAGCAAACAAGGAUCUGAUGUUUCUGCACUCAUUUGUAGUUGUAUGUGUUUUGAUACGGGCCUAUAAUUUAAAGGAAGAGUUCUGCCACAUGAAAAUGGGCUAAAAAUAUGCUCGUCUUCGGGUCAUACAAGAUUAGGAUGAGUUUGUUUCUUCAUCAGAUUUGGAGAAAUGUAGCAUUGCAUCAGUGU